ACUCUCCACCAAUUCGCGGGCAGGGGAGAGAAAGAGAAUUGGGUCAAAUCAGAAAAUCGCAGUCGUUGAUUUGCCCGAAAUUUCUCCAUCUCCACCGUCCAUUUUAAAUCUCUCUCCUCGAUCCACCGCUCUUCUGAUCUUCUCCGGACACCGGCGGUUGGUGGUCCCCUGUGCCAAUGUAGUUCAUGCUGUAUCAAGCCGCUGAGUCUGCUAUAUCACUGAGAUUCAUGGAUACUAGUUGAUUUGUGUUUUGCUAACUAUGAGCACUUGGAGUCUGAUCUUCAUGUCCGCACCAGUUCAGGAGCUUAGUGCCUGCUGUAGUGUAUAGCUCGAGAUGAAAAUUUCCUGUAUGUAUCUUCCUUUCCGUUUCUUGAAUAAACUAGCUUUGUAGACGGACUAAAUGGCUGCAGCUGCGUUGAGAGGCCCUUUUAGCAGUGAAUGCCUUGAGAAUGGUAGUCAACUCGGAAGAAGACGUGUCUUUGUUCAAACCGAAACCGGCUGUGUAUUGGGUAUCGAGCUCGAUGGAAGUGAAAACGCUCAUACCGUGAAGAAAAAACUACAGUUGUCUUUAAACGUACCGACUGAAGAGACAUUGUUGACUUGUGGGGAUCGGGUUUUAAGGAAUGAUCUCAGCACCGUUAGAAACCAUUCACCGCUUCUUCUUACAAGAAAUUGCUUGCAUCGUAGUUCUUCUACACCGUGUCUUUCUCCUUUGGCUAAGGAUCUUUAUCAAAAAGAUGUGAGUUGCCCGAUUGAAGUCAUAGGUUGCUCGAGCCGCCUCCCUGUGACGAAUCAGUUGGUGGAGGCGAUUGUGGUGGGGAUGAAUAACGGGAUUGAUCCAAUCCCCGUGCAUAGUGGUCUUGGUGGUGCUUAUUUAUUUCGGGAUUCAGAUGGUGCGAAUGUUGCAAUCGUUAAGCCAACCGAUGAGGAGCCUUUUGCUCCGAAUAACCCAAAAGGUUUUGUUGGAAAAGCUCUUGGCCAACCGGGACUUAAAGGGUCGGUUCGUGUGGGAGAAACGGGGUUUAGAGAAGUAGCAGCUUAUCUUCUCGACUAUGACGGUUUUGCAAAUGUGCCUUUAACCGCUCUCGUGAAAAUAACUCACCCAAUCUUCAAUAUCAACGAUGGAGUGAACGGGAAUUGUCACCAACAAAGGGAGAAAAUUAGCAAAAUUGCUUCGUUUCAGCAGUUUAUACUGCACGACUGUGAUGCUAAUGAUCAUGGUACUUCUAGUUUUCCGGUUUCUUCUGUGCACCGCAUAGGAAUUCUUGAUAUUCGAAUACUUAAUACAGAUCGACAUGCUGGCAACAUUUUGGUCAGGAAGCUCGACGAUGGGGUUGGAAGGUUCAACCAGGUGGAUUUAGUUCCCAUAGAUCACGGUCUUUGCCUUCCGGAAAGCUUGGAAGACCCGUAUUUUGAGUGGAUCCACUGGCCACAGGCAUCGAUUCCCUUCUCGGAGGAUGAACUUCAAUAUAUAGCUAAUCUCGACCCAUUUCACGAUUCCGAGAUGCUUAGGGUGGAGCUACCAAUGAUACGCGAGGCUUGCCUUCGGGUUUUAGUCCUUUGCACAAUCUUCUUGAAAGAAGCUGCGUCUUUCGGUCUUUGUUUGGCCGAGGUUGGUGAAAUGAUGAGUCGGGAGUUCCUAACUCAUGCCGAGGAACCAAGUAAGUUGGAACUUAUAUGCAUCGAGGCUAAGUCGGUUUUGCACGACUGUGAGAUGAUGUUCAAUACUACGAGUUCAAUUGAUGACGACGAGUCUCAAUUCGAUUUAGAGUGUGAGGUUUCUAACGGAAAUUUGAGCAGAAUUUUGGAAGACAAGUUGUCGAUCAAAAAUGAAAGUGCAAAUGAGCAUUUUCCAACAAGUUCAAGUUUCUUUCCUGUGGUAGAUAUGAAUGAAGAUCAAUGGCAGACGUUUCUUGAUGAGUUUCAAAAGCUUCUACAUCCGGCUUUUGCAAAUCACAAAGCAGGGCGGGCUGGUCUAAGGCUUACUCGGAAGUUUGGAACUUCUUGCAAGUUCUGAAAAGCAGACUGUUCGGUAUUGAGUAAGCAAUCGACGCUAGGCUGUCUAGAUGCGAGCUACAAACUCGUCAGCAAGAAGAAUGUUAUGUUGAUUGUCGAAUUCGGUAUGAUGAGAAUGUAUUUACUUAAUAAAUAUUGUGCAUCAAUGUGUUCAAAGUUUGAUUGCAACGCUUAUACGACAUGGAUACAAGUAUCAUGUGUGUUUUUAACUUAAUCGUUUUUUGUUUGGCAAGGCAAGACGAAGGGCAACAUUGGGCACACUAUUUCGCGUAUAAUGCCACAAUGCUACACGCCAUUACUUGAUUCGAUAUUACUUGGUUCCGAUAUCAUUAUCGGUUUGCACGCACAAGCACCGUCAUACUAAGUCUUGUAGUACAACGACAUUAUCGUGAUUGUUGCUGCCAUUGCAAUCGAAACACGUUUUACAUUCUUGCACGAUGGGCAUCGAGUCUAGAGAUGCCCAACUUUGACCCAUAAUGAAGGGCCAUAACUGAAGUAGCCUAGCCCUAAUCCCAUCUUGACUUGAAAACCUGAAUUAGAUGAUACACUAUACUAUUUUGAGGUGCUUUUGCACUACAAGGAUUUGAGCAAUAGUUACGUAAGAGGCGAAGUCG